AUGGCCCCACUUGAGAAAGGGCUUUGCAGGCUCCGGUGGCACAAGCCCAUAAUCCUAGCUACUGAAAGUGGAAAUCAAAGAGCUAUCAUGAAAAGUGUCUCAAAGACGAAAGAAGAUAUUUUUAAAAAGGUAUCAGAAGAGAUCAAUAACGUUGUAGACAAGCAUGUCUCAAAAGCAGAAAAUGUAUUUAUUGCAAUACUAAAUACUAAUUUACCAUUAUUCAACCCACAGACUGAAGUCUUGUUGGACAAAGGUCUUUCAUUUUUCAUCCUGAGUGGUGAAGAAGGGUCAGCUCUGAGCCAGUCUUCUGAGCAGAGAUCAGUAAGUAAUAGUCACUCCAAACACUUUUCACUUGGUGAUAAUUUACAAAAUGUUGCUGAAGGCCCAGAUGAAGAUUUUAUGGAAGUCAUUUUUACAGAUUUACUUGAAAUAAAAGCUGCUGAAUGUGAAGAUGAUCAAGAACAAAUCAAAACACAGCAGGCAAAUAUUUUUGUACCAAGUAGUUCUCCAGGUAAUAUUCUUUUCCUAUUAUAG